GCACGGCCCCUGCGCAGGCGCGGGCGGCCAUGUCUGCCACCGUGGAGCGGCGCCUGGCCCAGUUCCGCGCCGCCCGGUCGCCGCGCCCCGCGGGGCCGCCGGGAAAGGCCGCGGCCCCGGAGGCCGCCGAGGGACAGCGGGAGGCCGCCGCGGCGGGUCCGAGCGGCGGCGGUCAGGCCCCUCCCGGCGAGGCGGUGGCUCCGGUGUCGGCGAGUCUGCUGCUGGUGCUGAAGGUGCUGCUGUGGGCGGUGCUGCUGGCGUUGUUCGUGGAGCUGGAGCUGGGGCUGCCCUACUUCGUCCUCUCCCUGCUGUACUGGAUGUACGCCGGUACCCGCGGCCCCGCCGGGCGGCGGCAGGGAGAGCUGAGCGCAUACUCCGUCUUUAACCCCGGCUGCGUCUCCAUCCCCGGGACGCUGACGGUCGAGCAGCUGGAGCGGGAGCUGUAUUACCGGCCCGCCGCCGGGAGGUAGCGACUGGCCCGGCUGGUGGGGCCCCUGCUACCUUCACCCCCUGUACCAUGGACCUCAUGAAGGGGGAAAGCGCGUUAUUUCUGUGCAAAACGCCGCUUGUGCCUUUCUCCUGGCGGGGUUUCCCGAGGCCCGGGCCGGUCCCGAAUAAAGCCGUCGCAAAGUGUGCGCGUCGGUCUCGUUUCCGGGGGGAGCUGGGGCUGGGCAGCCGGCAGCAAACCGCCCCCGUCCCCGGGGUUGUGCUGCUGGUGCAGCGGGAGGCACGGCCUCCUCACAGCUGUCAGUGAGUCAGCUGGUGAAUUUCGGCUCCUGGUGACCUUUGGCACUGGUAACAGGAAGGCUGGUGUUUGACGGCACCUUUAGAGGAAUGGACAACUGCUUUUCUUCCCAGCAGUAGCUAGAAUCCUCUUUCUGAAGAAAAGUCGUGAAACAGUAUACCUAAAAUUGGGUGCUGGUUCUGUUUGCACUCAUGUCUUUCAUCUGAUACAAACAAACAUCUGAUUUUAAUGCAAGUUCCCUGUUUGCUUUAUAUUAACAGCUUUUAUCAUUUAUAAGCAAAAAAAGACAUUAUUGUUCCUAGCAUGUAAUAAAAUGCGGGGGUUUAACCAUCAUUUUGGAAGAAACUUAGGAUGAGUGUGCAGCAAACAUGGAAACGCAAGAGGCCCUCGGAAGGGGAUUUGCCCUGUCACUGGAUACAGUCCUUUUAGCACAGCACAGUUGAUAGUGCUUCUCAGUACCAUCGCAGAACCUAUGAGGUGGUGUUCUUGUAUGAGCCACUGGUAUUUUUAAUAUGUAGAUUAAUGUAUUAAAUCAUUACUAUUAAGUCAUAGUGAAGAGCAACUGGUAGAAAUUGUGCCUCUGAGAACUGAGUUGAGUCACAAAUUGGUCUUUCAAAUCCUGUUUCCUUAUGCCUUUUCUAUUGUCACAGUUGCACACAGUGUUCAGGCUUGACUUACAAGUUUCUUUAUUGGUUGGGGAAACUAAAGGAAGAGUUAUUUUGAAUUUAAUAGGACUGGAAAGAGAAUAAUAGAUUAAAGCACAAGUAGUGUGUUUAACACUGUCAGCCAUCUCUCAGUAGCUUUUCAUAGCACUCUCAGCUUCUGAAUUGGUCUGAUGUAUAAAUUCCAAAUGUUGCUACUUAAAGGUGAGCACAGAAUUUUGGGAUUUGCACAUAUUUUGCCAUCCUUUGGUAAAAAAAAACCCUCAAGAGUUCUCACUAUUCCUACCAACUCCUGACUCUUUACAAAUAAAAUGUUGCAUUUUGGUUUUGAUUAACACAGCCCCUGCAGGUUCAAAAGCCUCUUUGGAGAGAAAGUUGCAAAUACAAAGCUUUGUUUCCUUAGAAGAACCAUGAAUUGUGAGUCUUUCCAUUCUUAAAAAGUAUUCUAAUUGCGGAGUAAGUAGUAGUCAGGUGAUACUUAAAUACAUGAGUGACAGAAUUUUUUGAGUUGAAACUUUAUUCACAAGGAUAAAAACAUCAGCAUAGUGUUUAUAGGGAGUUGAUGUUCUGACAUCUUGUACAGUUUGAUUCCGUGUUUUUCAAAACAAAGAAAUACAUGCAAAUAAAUAUUAAAUACAAGGUAACAUCCAUGAAAUUAUAAAAUUAUAGCAGCAAUGCUGGAAGUAAAGUUUUAAUUUGCUACAAACUCUAGUUAUGUCCAUGUGAAUUUAUAGACUCUUCUAUUUAAUGCUUCAUGAAACAAGUUGCCACAAUAAGUGAGCAUGAAGCUGAAAGGCACAGGAAAUAAAAAUUCACACACUUCA